UGUCUUGUAGUGGACUGCACUGUUCUUUUGGCUGUUUCGAAUACAACAACAGAUCCCAUAUCUAUCCGACAUUGCCGAAACAUUUAAGCUUUUUAGACCAUUUUGGUAUACUAGUCGUGGUGUGUUUUAAAUACACUUUUAUCAUAUCUAGUAAUUACCUCAUGAUUUCAUAUGUUCAUAUUAAUCAGCAAGCUGGCAAACACCUAUAGGUUAUCUUCAAACUAGAUUAGCACUAGCCUAGUUGCUAAUGAUAGCUAGAUAGUUAGCUAACAUCCCCGAACAUGAGCUCACCGAGCUACUUCCCUCCUGCUAAAGAAGAGGAUGUCUACUGGACAGAGACAGACGCUCUCUUGAAAAAGGAGAAGGAAGAGGAGGCUGCCACAGUAAACACUUUUUUUGAAGAAUUUACAAUGAAAGAAGAGGAAGACGCUUUCAGAGUGAAAGAGGAGGAAGAUAAUGAGGAGGAUGCAGUGGUUGGCGUGAAAGAGGAUGUGGGUGAGAUGACUGUCUCAUUGAAAGAAGAGGAGGAGGGUGACAAAGACGAGACUGGAAAUCUUAACACCAGAGAGAGACCAGACUCUCGCUCUGAGAGUGGGAAGAGUCCUUCAGAGGAACCAGAAGCAGAGAAGCCCAAAUCAGCUAGACCACAUCAAUGCUCCCACUGUGGAAAUAGUUUUCCUUGUUUAGUGGACCUGAAAAGGCAUAAGAGUAUACACACAGGAAAAAAGCUUUACCACUGCUCUCAGUGUGGAAAGAGCUUUUCAACUUCACAGUCAUUACAAUUGCACCAGAGAGUACACACAGGUGCAAAACCUUACCACUGCUCUGACUGUGGGAUGAAGUUUGCGCUGUCAGGUAAUUUGAAAAGACACCAACUGGCACACACAGGAAAGAAGUCUUACAGAUGUGAUCAAUGUGGGAAGAGUUUUACUACAUUCAACUCCCUGAUAAACCAUCAGCGAAUACACACUGGAGAGAAACCUUACCACUGCUCCAUAUGUGGGAAGAGUUUUAAUCAGCCAAGCAACCUGAAAUCACAUCAGCAGAGACACUCAGGGCAGAAGCUUCACCACUGCUCAGAUUGUGGAAUGAAUUUUACUACUUCUGGGGAAUUAAAAAAUCACCAGCGAAAACACACAGGAGAUAAACCUUACAGCUGCUCUGACUGUGGGAAGAGUUUUGCUAGAUUAGAUGGAUUGAUGGUACACCAGAGAAUACACAGAGCAGAGAAACCUUUUAUCUGUGAUCAAUGUGGAAAGACAUUCACUCAGUCAGCACAUCAGGUUAUACACAAGAGAAUACACACAGGGGAGAAGCCUUACCACUGCUCAGACUGCGGGAUGAGCUUUACUAACUCAAGCCACUUGGCAGCACAUCAGAGAAUACAUACAGGAGAGAAGCCUUAUGGCUGUGAUGAAUGUGGGAAGAGAUUUGUUCAUUCAGGAUCCCUGGCUAAACACAAGCAAACCCACACUGGAGAGAGGCCUUUCCAUUGCUCUGAAUGUGGGAAGUGUUUUGUUAGGUUGGCGCAUUUAAAAUUACACCAAAGAACACACACCGGAGAGAGGCCUUACAACUGCUCUGACUGUGGGAUGAGUUUUACUCAGGCAAGCAACCUUAACAGGCACCAGCGAACACACACAGGAGAGAAGCCUUACUACUGCUCUGACUGUGGGAUGUGCUUUACUUUCUCAAAAACCCUGACCAUACACCAGAGAACACACACGGGAGAGAAGCCAUAUCACUGUUCUGACUGUGGGAAGAGUUUCACUCAGUCAGGAACCCUGGUAAAACAUAAGCGAAUACACACUGGAGAAAAGCCUUACCACUGCUUAGACUGUGGGAUGAGCUGUACUUCUUCUAAAGAUUUAAUAGUUCACCAACGAAUACACACCGGAGAGAAGCCUUAUGGUUGUGAUCAUUGUGGGAAGAGAUUCACUCAGUCAGGAACCCUGGUUAAGCACAAGAGAACACACACAGGAGAGAAGCCUUACCACUGCUCUGACUGCGGGAAGGGAUUUGCUCAAUCUCAGCAGCUGAAAUCACAUCAGCGAACGCACACUGGAGAAAAGCCUUAUUGUUGUGAUCAAUGUGGGAAGAGAUUCACCCAGUCAAGAAGCCUGGCUGAACACAAGAGAAAACGCAACACUUGUGGGUAACCUUCCCACUUUUGUUAGCUCAAGCAAGUUGAUGGUAGACCAGCGGACACACAUAGGAGAGAAGCCGUGCCUUGCUGUGACUGGUGGGAGUUUUGCUACCUUAAGCUUUCUUAAAGUGCAUCAUUGAUCUUCAUCGGUGUGAUCUAAUGCAGGGUUAACAAGGUGCCAGCCCUCUCAAAACUUGUCAGCCUUUAAGAGAUACAAUAUAUUGAACAUUGGGUAAUAAACUGUAUAUGUACAGUUGAAGUCGGAAGUUUACAUAUACCUUAGCCAAAUACAUUUAAACUCAGUAUUUCACAAUUCCUGACAUUUAAUCCUAAAAAUUCCCUGUUUUAGGUCAGUUAGGAUCACCACUUUAUUUUAAGAAUGUGAAAUGUCAGAAUAAUAAUAAUAGAGUGAUUUUAUUUCAGCUUUUAUUUAUUUCAUCACAUUCCCAGUGGGUCAGAAGUUUACAUACACUCAAUUAGUAUUUGGUAACAUUGCCUUUAAAUUGUUUAACCUGGGUCAAACAUUUCGGGUAACCUUCCACAAGCUUCCCACAAUAAUUUGGGUGAAUUUUGGCCAAUUCCUCCUGACAGUGCUGGUGUAACUGAGUCAGGUUUGUAGGCCUCCUUGCUCGCACACGCUUUUUCAGUUCUGCCCACACAUUCUCUAUGGGAUUGAGGUCAGGGCUUUGAGAUGGUCACUCCAAUACCUUGACUUUGUUGUCCUUAAAGUAUGCUUAGGGUCAUUGUCCAUUUGGAAGACCCAUUUGCGACCAAGCUUCAACUUCCUGACUGAUGUCUUGAGAUGUUGCUUCAAAAUAUCCACAUAAUUUUCCUGCCUCAUGAUGCUAUCUAUUUUGUGAAGUGGGCCAGUCCCUCCUGCAGCAAAGCACCCCCACAACAUGAUGCUGCCUCCCCCGUGCUUCACGGUUGGGAAUGUGUUCUUCGGCUUGCAAGCCUCUCCCUUUUCCCUCCAAACAUAACGAUGGUCAUUAUGGCCAAACAGUUCUGUUGUUGUUUCAUCAGACGAGAGGACUUUUCUCCAAAAAUACGAUCUUUGUCUCAAUGUGCAGUUGCAAACCAUAGUCUGGCUUUUUUAUGGCGGUUUUGGAGCAGUGGCUUCUUCCUUGCUGAGCGGCAUUUCAGGUUAUGUCAAUAUAGGACACGUUUUACCCCUACAACUCAUCCAGAACGCCGCAGCCCAUCUGGUGUUCAACCUUCCCAAGUUCUCUCACGUCACCCCGCUCCUCCGCUCUCUCCACUGGCUUCCAGUUGAAGCUCGCAUCCGCUA